AGUACCACAUGGGCCAGGAUAUUUGCUACUACUGCCACGAGCCCAGACAUUUUAUUAGCCGUUGUCCGAAGAGAGUUCAGCAGCAGCCUCAGCAGCCACCACAGCAGCAGCAGUCCCGUCAGCAGGCUCAGAGGCCGCCUCAGCAGCAGCAGCAGAGGGGAAGACAGCAGGCCCGAGUCUACGCGGUUGAUCAGGCCGAAGCAGCGCAUCAGCCAGGUACUAUGUCAGGGAUGGUUGUGCUUAAUGAUAUUCCUGUUUUCGCUUUGUUCGAUAUUGGAGCAACACAUUCUUUCAUUUCACGACGAUGUCUUGAUGCCAUCGGAGUUCAUGCCAUUACCGCGGUCGAUCCUCUCGAGGUGAGUUUAGCCCCGGGACGAAAGAUAGUGACCUCAGCUAAAGCUUCAGAUCUUAGCCUCUCCAUCGGUGGCCGAGUAUUGUCUGCCGACACGUAUGUUCUCGAGAUGAGGGACUUCGACCUUAUUCUCGGAAUGGAUUGGCUAUCCUUUUAUCAUGCAGAUAUUCGAUGUCAUGACCGGGAGAUUACUCUCUAUCUUCCGGAAGAUGAUUCGAUUACUUUCUUUGGCUCCAGGAAUCGUUCCUUGCCUUAUGUUGUUUCGAUGGCGAAAGCCACCAAGUUGCUGCGACGAGGCAAUUGCCAGGGUUAUCUGGUGAGCCUUGUUGAUGAUUCUCAGAAAGCACGAUCACCUCACGAUGUCCCAGUUGUUCGUGAGUUUGUGGACGUGUUCCCAGAUGAGCUUCCAGGAGGACCGCCUAACCGACAGGUGGAGUUCUCUAUUGACCUUAUUCCAGGAGCCGGUCCAGUAUCCAAAGCUCCGUACCGUAUGGCGCCGAAGGAGUUGCAGGAGCUUAAGGCGCAGAUCCAGGAGCUAUUAUGGCUCGGUUUCAUCCGACCGAGCGUGUCACCUUGGGGAGCACCCGUUCUCUUUGUCAAGAAGAAGGACGGUUCCAUGCGCAUGUGUAUCGACUACCGGGAUCUUAACCGGUUGACGAUCAAGAACAAGUAUCCGCUUCCCAGGAUCGACGACUUAUUCGAUCAGUUGAGGGGAGCCUGUGUGUUCUCAAAGAUUGAUUUACGAUCAGGCUACCACCAGCUGAAGAUUAAGGAGUCAGAUAUCGCUAAGACCGAUUUCAGGACUCGUUACGGCCAUUACGAGUUCCGGCAGCAAAUUAUCACUUGGGAUGUGUUUGAAAGAGAGUUUCUUACAUGGUUCGGUACAUCUGAUUACCAUAACUACAACGAGGCGCUCGCAUGCAUACGGCAGACAGGCAGCUUGCGCGAGUACAUCAGGGAGUUCGAUGGUGAGGCCAAUGUAUGGUGGCAAUGGCUCACAAGGAUUUACCGUAAGCGGCAGCAAAUUAUCACUUGGGAUGUGUUUGAAAGAGAGUUGCUUACACGGUUCGGUACAUCUGAUUACCAUAACUACAACGAGGCGCUCGCAUGCAUACGACAGACAGGCAGCUUGCGCGAGUACAUCAGGGAGUUCGAACGGUUGGCCUGUUGCGUGCGCGAUUGGCCCGAAGAUGCAUUGGUGGGAGCAUUUGUAGGAGGAUUAAAAUUUGACCUAGCUGCAGAGGUUCGGCUCAUAAGGCCCGACACCAUUCACGACGCGAUAGAGGUUGCCCGACGACGCGAAGAUCAUCUGGUUGCGACGCGAAGGGGACGGGCGGAUGGCCGGUUUACCGACAUGCAACGCAUGAGUUCGAGUCAUGCGACCAUGAGCACCAUACCAGCUAUCAACGCACGACCAUCGGGGCCAGUAAUCAGGCAGUUGUCGCCUGAGGAAGUCAAGCGGAGACGUGAGAAAGGCCUCUGCUUUAAGUGCGAGGAAAAGUUUACCCCAGGUCAUCAAUGCAAUCAGGCCUUUGUAAUUAAGGUGGCCAACCCCAACGAUGAGGAAGCUGAGGUCGAGGAUGAACCACAUCAGGAAGAUGAGGUUGAAGCAUUCAAUGGGGAGCCAAAAAUCUCGAUGCAUGCAAUGGCUGGAAUCAGAGGGCCAAGGACAAUGCGACUACCAGCAUGGGUCAAGGAUCGAAGAGUAAACGUACUCGUAGAUAACGGGUCAUCACACAACCUCAUUAAUUCCGAAUUGUCCCAGAAGCUGAAUUUACCAACCACGAAGAUUGAGCCUUUUGAAGUUCAAGUAGCCAAUGGUGAAAGACUACAAUGUACUGAGUCAUUCCGGAAGGUGCCAAUCAAAUUCAACGGAGUUACUGUGAAGGCUGACCUUUAUACCUUACCGUUGGUUGGGCCUUAUGUCGUUCUGGGAGUACAGUGGCUCGAAGGAUUAGGCAAGGUAACUACCGACUAUCGAACGGGAAUUAUGGA